AAGACCAAAAGACCAAAGAGUGUAAUAGAGAAACCAAAAUGGCAUCGCCAGCAGCACUGCAAAGAUCUCAACUCUCCUCCCCAACAACCACCUCUUCCUCACCACUCCAACGCCUCUCCACCUUCAAAAACCCGCCCUCCUCCGCCCUAUCCUCCGCCACCACCGGACCUUCAACUACAUCAUCCUCAUCACCAUUAGACUCAUUCGCCAAAGACCCAAUUCUCUCCCCAUUCCUCUCCCCAUCAUUCUCCUCCGCUUCCUUCUCCUCCGCCGCUCUCUCCUCCGGCUCUCCCGCCUCCACCGCCGAACACCUCCACCACGCCAUUCGUCUCCUCGAAUCCCAGCUCCGCACCGAAGUCCUCUCCCGCCACAAUGACCUCCUCAACCAGCUCUCCUCUCUCAAACACGCUGAACACGCUCUCUCCACCGUUAGAUCGGCCGUCUCGUCGCUACAAUCGUCAAUCCGCCGCGUCCGAUCCGAACUUUCGGAGCCUCAUAAAUCGAUCAAAUCAAAGACCCAGCAGUUAUUUAAUCUACAUUCAACUACUGAGCUUCUACAGCACACAAUUCGCGCUCUUCGGCUGUGUAAGAAGCUUCGUGACUUGAUUUCCUUGUCGGAAUUAGAGCCCGAAAAGCUGGAUCUCGCUAAGGCGGCGCAGCUGCAUUGUGAGAUUUUGAAUAUGUGUGAUGAGUAUGAUUUACAUGGGAUUGAUUGCAUUGAUGAGGAGUUGAAUUGGAUUAAAGAAAUCGGGGAAAGACUGCGAACAGAAGCCAUGAAAGUGCUCGAGAGAGGAAUGGAAGGGUUGAAUCAAGCUGAAGUAGGGACUGGUUUGCAAGUUUUCUAUAAUUUGGGGGAGCUUAAGUUUACUGUGGAGCAGUUAGUGAAUAAGUAUAAAGGGAUUGGAGUGAAGAGUGUGAGUUUAGCUUUGGAUAUGAAGGCAAUUACUAGUAGUGGUGGUGGUGGAUUUGGGCCGGGAGGUAUUAGAGGGAGUGGUACACCGCAGAUUGGAGGCGGCGCAAAAGCUAGAGAUGGAUUGUGGCAGAGGAUGGGUAGUUGUAUGGAUCAGUUGCAUUCUCUAGUUGUUGCUGUUUGGCAUUUGCAGAGAGUUUUGUCCAAAAAGAGGGAUCCAUUUACGCAUGUUUUGUUGCUUGAUGAAGUUAUCAAGGAGGGUGAUCUUAUGUUAACGGAUCGAGUUUGGGAGGCCCUUGUGAAGGCCUUUUCGAACCAAAUGAAAUCUGCUUUUACUGCAUCAAGCUUUGUGAAGGAGAUAUUUACUGUGGGAUAUCCAAAGCUUUUUUCAAUGAUAGAGAACCUACUAGAAAGGAUAUCAAGGGAUACAGAUGUCAAAGGGGUUUUACCAGCCAUCAGCUUGGAAGGAAAAGAUCAGAUGGUUAAAGCUAUUGAGAUUUUCCAGACAGCUUUCUUGACUCAGUGUUUAAGUCGCCUGUCAGAUCUCGUGAAUAAUGUUUUCCCAGUGUCAAGCCGUGGAAGUGUUCCAUCCAAAGAACAAAUCUCUAGAAUUAUAUCGCGUAUUCAGGAAGAGUUUGAAGCUGUUCAGUUUGAUGGGCGUUUGACUCUUCUUGUGUUUCGUGAAGUUGGCAAGGCCUUGCUUUUGUUGUCAGAACGAGCUGAAUACCAGAUAUCUGCUGGUCUUGAGGCACGUCAAUUCACUGGUCCUGCAACUCCAGCACAGGUCAAGAACUUUGCUUUAUGUCAGCAUCUACAAGAGGUUCAUACUCGCGUAUCGUCUAUGAUUAUGGGACUGCCUGCCAUUGCUGCAGAUAUUUUAUCUCCUUCAUUGGGUGUAAUUUACGGUGUUGCCCGUGAUUCAGUCACACCCUUGUUCAAAGCAAUGAUUGACCGUCUUGAGUCAUGCAUCUUGCAAAUUCACGACCAGAACUUCGGUGUUCUUGGCAUGGAUGCGGCGAUGGACAACAAUGCUUCACCUUACAUGGAGGAGCUGCAGAAGUGCGUCCUUCACUUUCGUAGCGAGUUUUUGUCCAGACUGUUGCCUACUUCAGCAAAUGCUAAAACUGCAAAGACAGAAACAAUAUGCACCCAACUCGUAAGAAGGAUGGCAUCACGGGUGUUGACGUUCUUUAUUAGACACGCUUCUCUUGUUCGACCCCUUUCAGAAUCAGGGAAACUCAGAAUGGCUAGAGAUAUGGCUGAGCUGGAGUUAACGGUGGGACAAAAUUUAUUCCCAGUAGAACAACUCGGCCCACCUUACCGUGCCCUACGAGCAUUCCGUCCUCUAAUAUUCUUAGAGACAUCUCAGCUCGAAGCAUCUCCACUUCUCCAAGAUCUGCCACCAAGUGUCAUACUUCACCACCUCUACUCUCGAGGCCCUGACGAAUUGCAGUCUCCAUUGCAAAGAAACAGACUGACACAUUUGCAGUACUCAUUAUGGCUAGAUUCGCAAGGCGAAGAUCAGAUUUGGAAAGGCAUUAAAGCGACACUAGAUGAUUACGCUGCAAAUGUUAGAUCAAGAGGGGAUAAGGAGUUUAGCCCUGUAUACCCUCUCAUGCUCGAGUUAGGAUCUUCAUCCACAGAGAAAACCCAAAAGCUUUAAUUUUCCGUAUACAGUUUGUUAGCCCCUAUUCUCGGAAGUUUUGUGGCCGAUGAUUUUCACUUUGUUAGAGAUGUACAGGACAAACAUGAGGAAGCUUCAUGCAUAUAAAUGGUCAUACUGAUUUUCCCAGUAAAGGAAUGCAUCGCUCUUUUUCUUCAGCUUGUAAGCUGUGAUGUUAGGAGAGUUGGAUUUGAUUUUUUGUUUCUUAUUCUUUUAGUGCUGUACUAAAUGAUAUCAGUCAGAUAUCUGAUCUAUAGCUGAUUUUUGAAUGUCUAUUAAAAGAUAUCACCGUGGCUAUAUGUUCUAAGCUGCUAGUUGAUUUUUCAGUAAGAACAUAAGUAUUAAACUUGAGAGAA